AUUGGUGUUUUGCUCUCCUUCUUGCUAUGUGGAUUACGGCUCUCCCUGCCUACUGCAUUCCUGCUGCUGGAAAUGAACACUGAAGCAUCCCAAAGCAUUUUUACUGGAGUGUAAGGACUUUUAAUAGCAUUUCUCUUGAGCCGGCGGUAGGCGGACUAUUGCUGUUAAUUCAGAUAAGCAUGGAUAUGAACGGACGUGGAAUGCCUCCAUCGAUACCUGAGGAUGAAGCUGUACACCACAGUCCUCACAGCGAGAUGAACGGCUACCAUCAGAGGCUUCAGGGCGGUGGAGGAGAUGGAGCGGAGGAUGAGGUCCCCGUGUCCAAAUCACAGAGGCGGAAGAGUGAUGUGAAAGUCUACAAGGAGUUUUGUGAUUUUUAUGCUCGCUACAACAUGGCCAAUGCACUGGCCAAUGCCAUGUGUGAGCGCUGCAAGAGUGGCUUUGACCCAGUCGAGAAGAUCGUGAACAGCAACGGGGAACUUUACCAUGAACAGUGCUUUGUGUGUGCCCAGUGUUUCCAGCAGUUCCCAGAGGGGCUCUUCUAUGAGUUUGAAGGCAGGAAGUACUGUGAGCAUGACUUCCAGAUGCUGUUUGCACCUUGCUGCCACCAGUGUGGUGAGUUCAUUAUUGGCCGUGUGAUCAAGGCAAUGAACAACAGUUGGCAUCCAGACUGUUUCUGCUGUGAUAUCUGCCAGGCUGUGCUCGCAGAUGUUGGAUUUGUUAAGAAUGCUGGAAGGCAUCUGUGCCGCCCAUGUCACAACAGAGAGAAAGCUCGGGGCCUCGGCAAGUACAUCUGCCAGAAGUGCCACGCCAUUAUUGAGGAGCAGCCUCUGCUUUUCAAGAACGACCCCUACCACCCUGAUCACUUCAACUGCAACAACUGCGGUAAGGAGCUGACAGCUGAUGCAAGGGAGCUGAAGGGGGAGCUCUACUGUCUACCCUGCCACGACAAGAUGGGUGUCCCGAUCUGUGGAGCCUGUAGGAGACCCAUUGAAGGCCGUGUGGUUAAUGCAAUGGGCAAGCAGUGGCAUGUGGAGCAUUUUGUGUGUGCUAAGUGUGAGAAACCUUUCCUGGGACACCGUCACUACGAACGCAAGGGCCUGGCCUACUGCGAAACGCACUACAACCAGCUGUUUGGAGAUGUUUGCUACCACUGCAAUCGUGUCAUUGAAGGCGAUGUGGUGUCUGCUCUUAACAAGGCGUGGUGUGUCAACUGUUUUGCCUGCUCUACUUGCAACACCAAGCUCACCCUGAAGAACAAGUUUGUGGAGUUUGACAUGAAGCCGGUGUGUAAGAAGUGCUAUGAGAAAUUCCCCCUGGAGCUGAAGAAGAGACUGAAAAAGCUGUCUGAAACUGUUGCAAGGAAGUAAAAACACAGUGGAGCAGCUGGAGAGGGAAAGAUAGACGUGGCCGUGUACAAGCCCAGAAUAAAAAUAAAGAAUUUGUGUGUUUUGCAACUGCUCUGUUGCAUUUAGGUUGGUUAUAGCUAGAAAGCAUUGCGCUUUCAAUUUCAUGUGCCUGCAGCCGGCAGCUCCGCAGUCACAUUGUCGGUCUGACAGCUUUAACAUUGUGCCUUGUACCAUUUUUGCAGAAU